UUUGCUAGAAGCUCCUCUGCCAGUUACGUCAUCAAGCGUUGACGGAAGCGCUAGUCACGUGUCAGAUGUCCUCCAGCAUGAGGAUGUGGGGUUCUGCUCUGCGGUUUCGCUGCGCGGUUCUGCUCCUCAGACCCGUCACCCCUCAGACCCGCACGGCCGCCCUGGGUCGGGUCCCGCUGGGCUCCGGAACCCGCCAUUGGCUGCGGGUGACGGGCGGCCCCCUCCCCAAGUAUACCCACCACCUGUCGGUCUGCUCGCCCUUCACCUCGCCGGUUCGGAGGUUCGGGAACCGGGCGAGUGGAGCGGGCUUCUCCGGGGAGGAUGGCGGGGACGAGGCGGGCUCUGGGGCGGAGGAGUCGGGGGGAGACGGGGCGUCAGGGUACGGUGGGCCGCAGAUGACCGCCCUGACCCCCAUGAUGGUCCCGGAGGUGUUCCCCAACGUGCCGCUGAUCGCAGUGAGCAGGAACCCGGUCUUCCCGCGCUUCAUCAAGAUCAUUGAGGUGAAGAACAAAGAUCUGAUGGAGCUGCUGAGGAGGAAGGUCCGUCUGGCUCAGCCUUACGCCGGAGUCUUCAUGAAGAGAGACGACAGCAACGAGUCAGAUGUGGUCGAGUCUUUAGAUGCCAUCUACUCAACCGGGACGUUUGUUCAGAUCCACGAGAUGCAGGACCUGGGAGACAAGCUCAGGAUGAUCGUCAUGGGUCACCGCAGAAUCCGGAUCAAUAAACAGCUGGAUGCAGACCCAGAGGAGGUGCCCCCGGAGUGGUCCGAGUCUGAACAGGAACCCCGACCCAAGCCUGCAAUUAGACCCAAAUCCAGCCGCAGGGAGCGGAUGGAGGAAAAGAUUUCAGGUGCUGACCUGACUCCGGAGCUGCAGCCGCUGCCGUCCUCCAACAUCCUGAUGGUGGAAGUGGACAACGUUCAGCACGAGCAGUUCACCGUCACAGAGGAGGUCAAGGCGCUGACCGCAGAGAUUGUGAAGACCAUCAGGGACAUCAUUGCUCUGAACCCCCUCUACAGGGAGUCAGUCCUGCAGAUGAUGCAGGCGGGGCAGAGAGUGGUGGAUAACCCCAUCUACCUGAGCGACAUGGGCGCAGCUCUGACCGGGGCGGAGUCGCACGAGCUGCAGGACGUCCUGGAGGAAACGAACAUCCCCAAGCGUCUCUACAAGGCCCUGUCCCUGCUGAAGAAGGAGUACGAGCUCAGCAAGCUGCAGCAGCGUCUGGGCCGAGAGGUGGAGGAGAAGAUCAAACAGACACACAGGAAAUAUCUGCUGCAGGAGCAGCUGAAGAUCAUCAAGAAGGAGCUUGGUUUGGAGAAGGACGACAAAGAAGCCAUCGAGGAGAAGUUCAGGGAGAGGCUGAAGGACCGCAGCGUUCCUCAGAACAUCCUGGAGGUCAUCAACGAGGAGCUCACCAAGCUGGCUCUCCUGGACAACCACUCCUCUGAGUUCAACGUGACCCGCAAUUACCUGGACUGGCUCACGAGCAUGCCCUGGGGAACCAACAGUGAGGAGAACCUGGCACUGGACCGGGCCAAAGAGGUUCUGGAGGAGGACCACUAUGGAAUGGACGAUGUCAAAAAACGCAUUCUGGAGUUCAUCGCCGUCAGUCAGCUGAGGGGUUCCACCCAGGGAAAGAUCUUGUGCUUCUACGGCCCCCCCGGCGUGGGAAAGACCUCCAUCGCUCGCUCCAUCGCCAGAGCUCUGAACCGACAGUACUUCCGGUUCAGCGUGGGGGGGAUGACAGACGUGGCUGAGAUCAAAGGGCACAGGAGGACGUAUGUGGGCGCCAUGCCGGGCAAGAUCAUCCAAUGUCUGAAGAAGACCAAGACAGAGAACCCUUUGGUUCUGAUAGACGAGGUGGAUAAGAUUGGCCGUGGUUACCAGGGUGACCCUUCCUCGGCAUUGCUGGAACUUCUAGAUCCAGAGCAGAACGCCAACUUCCUGGACCACUACCUGGACGUCCCAGUGGACCUGUCAAAGGUUCUGUUCAUCUGCACAGCCAAUGUGACCGACACCAUCCCAGAACCCCUCAGAGAUCGAAUGGAGAUGAUCAACGUGUCGGGAUAUGUGGCGCAGGAAAAGCUAGCUAUCGCUGAGCGGUACCUGGUGCCUCAGCUGCGUUCGCUCUGCGGCCUGACUCAGGAGAAGGCUUCCAUCUCGCCCGAGGCCCUGAGCCUGCUCAUCAGGCAGUACUGCAGGGAGUCCGGGGUCAGAAACCUGCAGAAGCAGGUGGAGAAGGUCUUCCGCAAAGUGGCGUUCAGCAUCGUGAGUGGACAGCAGAGCGCUGUCACCGUGACUCCAGACAACCUCCAGGAGUUUGUGGGGAAACCUCUGUUCACGGUGGACCGGAUGUACGACGUCACUCCUCCAGGAGUGGUCAUGGGUCUGGCCUGGACGGCUCUUGGAGGAUCCACUCUGUUCAUUGAGACGUGUCUACGGCGGCCUGCAGCAGGGGGUGGAGCUAAAGAAGAAGGCUCCCUGGAGGUUACAGGUCAGCUCGGUGACGUCAUGAAGGAAAGCGCCAAGAUCGCAUGGACCUUCUCCAGGUCUUUCCUCAUGAAGGAGGAGCCUGACAACAAAUUCUUGCUCAACUCCCACCUGCACCUGCAUGUCCCUGAGGGAGCCACGCCGAAGGACGGCCCGAGUGCUGGCUGCACCAUCGUCACCGCGCUGCUGUCCCUGGCGACUAACCGGUCUGUGCGUCAGAACGUGGCCAUGACGGGGGAGGUGUCGCUGACUGGGAAGAUCCUACCAGUGGGGGGCAUCAAAGAGAAGACCAUUGCAGCCCGGCGGGCUGGAGUGACCUGCAUCAUUCUACCAGCUGAGAACAGGAAGGACUUCUCAGACCUGCCAGACUACAUCUCUGAAGGCCUGGAGGUCCACUUUGUUGAUCACUACAGCCAGAUCUACCCCAUUGUGUUCACAUCGGACCCGUCGGGUCCUGCCGUCAACUAGAACUCAGCCAAGACUAGGUUCCUGGUUCUUCAGUUUCAGCACCGCUCUCGGUUCUGUUCCGUCUCUGGAUUCUGAAGUCCUGCAGCGGAGACCGGAAACUUCUCAGGUCCAUAGAAACAUUCCCACUUCAGACUCCAGGGGGAGCUGGCGGAGGCUCAGGGCCGGGCCGAGACCAGAGCGGAGCAUCUGCGGACUCUUGAUGUGAGCGCACGUGUGAGGAGGAGGAUUGGAGUGAUCUUCAUCCUGAAGCAGCUCUGAGUCUGAAAUGUUUGUAAUUUUAUGCAAAAAUUAUUAAAAACAGAAGUUUUACCA